AUGCCGCGCGAGACUACCCCAGAGCUUGAAGACGCUGCAAACUGCAAUACAACCAUAGCCAAUGCGCUGGGAAGAAAACCAGUCCACGUCACAGCAGAUCUCGCCUCUGAGGGCCCACUCUUCCUCUCUCAACCCCUCUUCGGCCCUCUGCUCUUCGAGAACAAAGCAUCCGACGCUCGCGACCACUGCGCAAACGAGCGCACCUUCCUAUCAUGGCUCCGUCUCUCGAUGUACCUCGCCGUCGUCUCCUGCGCGAUCAUAAUGUCCUUCCACCUGCACUACCAACCGACUGAACUCGAGCUGCGCAUGGCGCUGCCGCUGGGCAUCAUGUUUUGGAUUCUGUCCUUCGUCUGUCUGGGGAGCGGGUUGGCUACAUAUAUACGAACGGUGACGAAGUACAGUCGGCAAGCGGCGCUGGUGCAGAGUGGCUGGAAGACGCAGGUGGUUUUCACUGUUGUUGCGGUGUCGAUUAUCGGGACCUGUAUCAUCCUUCUGAGCACGGGUUCGCCAUCUCUUACCUAG